GCGUUGGGUUAUAUAUGUCAAGAUAUAAACGCAUCAACGCUAGAAGGAAAGGCAAAUGAGAUAUUGACGGCAAUCGUGCACGGCAUCAGGAAGGAAGAACCGAAUCAUGUGCGCUUGGCUGCUGCCAAUGCGAUGUUGAACUCGUUAGAAUUCACGAAAAAGAACUUCAUUAAUGAGGAUGAACGAAACGUGAUAAUGCAAAUGGUUUGUGAGGCAACGCAGUGCCAAGAGACACCAGUGAAGGUUGUUGCGAUGCAGUGUCUUGUCAGAAUUAUGUCACUUUAUUACAUCUACAUGGAACAGUACAUGUACGCUCUCUUUCCGAUAACAGUGAAUGCGAUGAAGAUGCAAAUCGAUGAUGUUGCACUGCAAGGCAUCGAGUUUUGGUCGAAUGUUUGCGAGGAAGAGAUCGCGUUGUCCGUGGAGGCCGAGGAGGCACAGGAACGUGGAACGACACCUGAACACGUCUCGAGACAUUAUGCCAAAGUUGCUAAUAUUAUUGUUUAUAAAGGAGCGUUGCCGCACCUGAUCUCGAUCCUCACCGAGACGUUAGCAAAACAAGAAGAAACAGAUGACGAUGACGAUUGGAAUCCAGCAAAGGCGUCGGGGGUUUGUAUAAUGCUGUUGGCGCAGUGCACUGGGGAUUCGAUUGUCGCCCAUAUUCUGCCUUUCAUUCAACAGCACUUCAAAAACACCAAUUGGAGGUGA